GUUUGUCACUGUCAUUGUCAUCGAGUUAAACUUUUGUUUUUAGUAUAAAUUGAUGAUAAAUAAUGUAAACUAACAUUGAAAGUGCUGCUUAUUUAAGAUUAUAAACAUGGCGUUAGCUUUAAGAAGAACAUAUUUAAAAGUCAGAGACCAUUUAGUGUUAUCAAAAACGAAAAUACCACCUCGUAACUACGCGUUGUCCUUGGAUUUUCGUGCCUACAGCGAGGAAAAAAAUAAUAACCCUGAUUUUAGCAAUAGUACGAUUUUGGUUGAGAAUGGAUUUAAUGUGCAAGAGCUUCCAGUCGUAAUACGAAAAUUGAAGGACCUAUCAGAUGUCGACGAAGUCACUGCAAAUAAAACUUCCUCUACGACUUCUUCCAACUACGGCUUAAUACAAGCUGAAUUCAGAGAAUGUGUCGAUUUGAGAGAUGUCUUUUCUUUGCUAUCAAAAUGUACUAAAAUAACACCUCAUAUUGCAUUAGGUGCCAUGGAAAGGAUUUACGAUAUAGAAAAAGGUCCCAAUACCCUGAUUGAUGUUAAUGGUAAUCACAUUAAUAUGGCAAAAGGUGCUAUUUUGGACAAGCUCUUAAAAGUUGUAGCGAAGACUGAAGAUACACAGACUAUUUUAUAUGUACUAAAGUCCAUAUCUUCAUUCAUGGAGCCUUUUAAAUAUAAGUUUUGUGAUGAAUUAUUAUUUAGAACAAUAGAUAAUAAGAUGACUAUUGAACAAAUUUGUAUGUUUACUAAUUUUCUUAUUGAAAAUAAGUCUAAUCCAAAAUAUGCCGACACUAUUGACAAAUUAUGGGUAGGUUUUGUUUCUAAGGAAUGUGAUAUCAAUGAAUAUAACAUUGCUACUAUAUUUAGUUUAUUACCAGGAUUGAAAGUAAGUAAAAGAAUUGUUUUAACACUAUUGGAACAGAAGUUAUCUGAUUUGUGGUAUAAAAUUAAAGUGCCAGUUAUGAAACAGAUUUUAAAUAGUUUUGUUGAUGAGAAGUAUUUAUCAUUUCAGUCAUUUGCCAUUAUUGGGAGGUGGCUUCAUACUAAUAUCCAUGUGCUAGACGAUGACUCUUUAUUAGACAUAGUAUCAAAAAUAACUAGGCUUAAAUACACAGAUGAUCAAAUAGAAAAGGCACUUGAGAAAUAUAUGAAAUUAAAAGGUGACAAAAUUGAGUCACAUGUUCUCAUUGUUGGUAUAUUGAAUCAUUGUAUGCAGUUUCAGAUACGUAACAAACAUAUCUUGAAAUCUUGUAGUGAAUAUUUUCAAAAUAACAUUCAUAAUAUUCCACCCAGUUUUAUGAAGUCACACAUAUAUCCUUAUGGUUUCUUAUAUUUUACACCAGACAAUGGUAAAUUCUGGGAUUCAAUUGAAGUAGCUUUGCUAAAUAAUUUUUUGAAAAUAAAUGUUGAUGACCUGUCUCUGAUAAUGUUGUCAUAUAUUUACGUGGGAAAAUAUCCCUUGAGACUUGCCAGUAAGGUUUUCAGUCCAUUGUAUUUAGUCAAAGUAAACAACAAUAAUAAUCCUGAGGCUUUCAGAAAUUUAACUUUGUUAGACACUGCAUUGUCACUGGAGUGUCCAAACGAUUAUGCUGGGCCUUUCAUACCAAAAGAUCAGUGGCCAAAACCAGUGGGCCAAGAUGACAGGAUAAAAAACAUUGUGACCAAAGUUUAUACUAGUCUUGAGGAUGUAGCUGGAGGUGCUGAUAAAUUAUCAAGAGAUGUAAUGGUACCUAAUUUCUCUCAUAAAACUUACUUAAUUGAUGUAAUGUUUCAUCCUCGUGGGCUUGAUGUUAAAACACUCAAUUGGAAAACAAUGUCUUCUAGAAAUGUGAAUGUAGCAAUGCUUGUACAUUUGCCUGACCAUUAUUGUUCAGAUAAUACACAGUUAAUAGGACCACAAGUCAUGAAGAAAAAGCAUUUGAGACUGUUAGGAUUUAAAGUUGUAAGUGUGAAAUAUUCAAUUAUUAGUAAAUUUUAUACAUCUUUUAAUAUGAAAGGUUUGAGGCAGUACCUUAUUGAUAAUAUUAAAAGUGCUGAAGAGUGUCUUUAACAUAGAUAGGAGCUAUAUUUUUAUAUGACUUUAUCAUUAAUAUGUAAUCAAAUUAUGUUAGUAAGUAAUGAAAUGUAAUAAUUGUACAGGUUGUAUUGUUAUGUUUACAAAUACUAAUGUUUAUGACACAUUAAGGAACUAGGAUUUUAUAAAUAAAAGAAAGUGUUAAUUUUC